UUCUGUUUGUUUCCUGAGAAAUAGUGCUGGACCUGACCAUGUUGUUUACUAGUCAUUUUUCAUCCUUUUUUCCGACCAGCCAAGCUUGGGCAAAUGCCAGCCGAGAAAAUAUUCGGACUAGAUGAAGGGAAAGAAAACUGGGUCUCGGUGUGGUGUGAUUCUAUGACCAGAGGAGAUUCAUGGCGUUUCUUCGUAGGAAAAUUCAACCCUUCUUCUCCACCUUCCUCAACCCAACUCCCAAAUUUCCCGUUCCGAAAUUCCUCCAUUCUCGCGCGCAAUCAAGCAACGAAAUUCUCAUCGAUGCCAUAUCUGAUUCAUUCAAGAAAGAUCAUACCUGGGACACCCUCACCAGAAAAUUCAUUUCCCUUCAAUUAAACCACUCCCUCGCCGAACAAGUUCUCCUCCGACUCCAGCAACCGCCCCACGCGAGAUCUGCCCUCAACUUCUUCUAUUGGUCAGCGAAGACUAAAAACCUCCACCACCACCUCUCAUCCUACUGCAUCAUGAUCCAUAUUCUAGUUCGUGCCCAACAACUCGCCGACGCUAAAAUAAUGCUGGAAUCAGUUUUGAAGAAGAACGAGACUGAUAUCCCCAAACUCUCCGUUGUCGAAUCAUUGCUGGAUAGUUUCAAGGUUGUCCCUUCGAGUCCUUUGGUGUUUGAUCUGCUGGUUCAAGCUUAUGCCAAGUUGAGGAUGUUGGAGGGUGGUUUCGAGGUUUGCUGCUACUUGGAGGAACAUGGGUUUUCUUUGAGUUUGAAAAGCUAUAAUCUUUUGCUUCAUGUUGUGCAGAAAGCAGGAGUGAAUUGUUUGGUUUGGAGGAUUUAUGAACAUAUGAUUGAGAAGAGAAAGUACCCAAAUGAAGAUAGUACCCAAACUAUGAUCAGUGCUCUGUGCAAGGAAGGGAAGUUGCAGGUGUAUGUGGAUUUGGUAUAUAGGAUUCAUGGCAAGAGAUGCUCCCCUACCGUAAUUGUUAAUGCCAGUUUAAUGUUUAGGGUUAUUGAAGAGUGUAGAAUUGAAGAAAGUGUGGGGUUGUUGAGGAGGAUGUUGCAGAAGAAUUUGAUUCUCGACACCAUUGGUUAUUCUCUGGUUGUUCAUGCUAAGUUGCAGCUUGGGGAUCUGGAGUCUGCAUGGCAAGUGUUCGAAGAAAUGCUUAAGAGAGGAUUUAGCCCCAAUUCAUUUGUAUAUACUUCAUUUAUAGGAGCAUAUUGUAGGCAAAGAAGAAUUCAAGAAGUAGACAGAUUGCUUCAAGAAAUGGAAAACUUGGGCUUGAAGCCAUAUGAUGAAACUUUUAAUCAUCUUAUUGAGGGCUGUGCUAAAGCGGGAGAAAUGAGGGAAAGUGCAAGCCAUUGUGAGGAAAUGAUUAGAAGGGGACUUGUUCCUAGUUGUUGCUCCUUCAACGAGAUGGUGAGAGGGCUUAGUGAAACUGGAGAUUCAAAGAAAGCCAAUGAUUUGUUCACACUUGUUUUAGAUAAGGGGUUCUCACCAAAUGAGAUCACGUACUCUUUUCUUAUUGCGGGAUUUGGAAAAGAAGGUGACAUUCAAGAAGUACUCAAGCUAUACCAUGAAAUGGAGUACAGAUCGAUUUCUCCAGGAUUACUACUUUUUGAAUCCUUGAUCAAAAGCCUUUGUCAAUGUGGGAAACUAGGGGAAGCAGAGAAGUUUUUCAAACUCAUGAAAGAACGUUCUUUAACCCCAAGUGAGGAUAUCUACGAGGCAUUAAUCACCAGCUACUGUGGAAUGGGUGAUCAAACUAGACUCUCUCUCCUUUACAAUGAGAUGGCCAUAAGGGGAUUCAAACCCACAACGUUAUUUUCUUGUGAUACUAGUACAAAGAGUGCCAAAGUCUAGUUCUUCUGUAAACCGCUCAUCCAGGAUUAUUUUCUGGAAUCAGUCUGUUUUAAAUUUACACAACUUUAAAUUUUUAUC